CCGCAGAGCCGAGCAGGAGUGCACCGCCGCGGGGUGAAGGAUGGCCUCAGUCGCCUCUCGCGGUCCGGGCGCAGCGUGGGGCUGAGUCCCGGCGGCUCUCGGGUUUCUUCGCAGCGGGGUGCCCCCCCUCCCCGGAGCAUGAGCAGACAGCAGCCCGCAGCAGCAGCAGCAGCAGCAGCCGGGUCGCUCUUUCACUACCACCGGGACGGACUGCAAUGCGUGUUGCAGACCAAGAGUCCAGGAGGACGCCGGACGUGUGUAUUCACCGUGGGGAUCAUCCGUGACGGGCACCAUGAUCUGAAGGACCGGAGAGAAGUGACACACACACCGUAGCAGAAGUCUCCCCCCCCCCUCUCCCCUCCCCUCCCGUCGGCGCCAUCUAAUUGGCCGCCCGCCCGGCGCGUGAUGGCCAAUAACAACGAGCUACAAAGCGAUCCAGGCGGGCUGCCGGUGCUCCAGCAGCUCGGCCUGGACCAGAACUCUGACUUCUCGGACUCCAGCGUGCAGCAGUGCCUGGACGAGCACCGCGAGCGGAUCCGCAGGGAGAUCCGCAAGGAGCUGAAGAUCAAGGAGGGCGCUGAGAACCUGCGCAGGGCCACCACAGACAAGAGGAAUGCCCAGCAGGUGGACUCGCAGCUCCGCAGCUCCAAGCGCAAGCUGGAGUCGCUCCUGGAUCAGCUGCAGGAGCUGGAAGCGCACAUCGUGGUCAAGGGCACCGAUGACAACAAAGAUGCCCCCAGGUCGCCGGGGUCGCUCCACCGGCCGACGGCCAGCCAGCAGCGCAUCGCCGCGUUGGAGCGGCAGCUGAACAUCGAGCUGAAGGUCAAGCAAGGAGCCGAGAAAAUGAUUCCCAUCUAUGCCAAUGGAGGUACCAAGGACAAGAAGCUGCUCCAGAUGGCUCAGCAGAUGCUGCAGGACAGCAAGACGAAGAUCGACAUCAUCCGCAUGCAGGUCCGAAAGGCCAUGCAGGCCACGGAGCAAUCUGAGGACGGCCAAAAUAAGCCGGACAUGUGCGGGAUGGAGCUGCGCGUGGAGGAGCUGUGGCAUCACUACCGCGUGGAGCACGCCAUGUCCGAGGGCGCCAAGAACAUGCUGCGACUGCUGGGGGCGGGAAAGGUCCAGGACAAGAAGGCCAUGGCGGAGGCCCAGUGUGGGCUCAGCGAGUCGUCCCAGCGCCUGGACCUGCUCCGCUGCUCCCUGGAGCAGAGGCUGCAGGAGCUCCCCGAGGACCACCCCAAGGCCUGCCUCAUCAAGGAGCAGCUGGUGCUCACCACCUCCUCGGCCUUCAGCUCCCGCCACAGCACGCCCUACAUCCACAACCAGUACAGUACCAUGAGCAAACCGUCCCCGCUCACCGGUACGCUCCAGCUGCACCUUCUGGGCUGCGUGGGGCUGCUGGAGGUGGUGCCCGGGCGGAGCAGAGGGAGCCCGCUGGUCCUCCCCUCUUACUCCCUGGGAGACGGACGCUCCUCCUUCAAGCUGAGCGGCCUCUACAACCGCAGCAGCAGCAGCAUGAGCCUGAAGAUCCCCGGCAAGAACGAGGAGCUCUCCUCGGAGGUGAGCGCCGUGCUGAAGCUGGAGAACACAGUGGUGGGUCAGACUGUGUGGAAGGCGGUGGGCGAGCAGACCUGGGACCAGACGUUCAUUGUGGAGCUGGAGAGAUCCCGGGAGAUGGAGAUCUCGGUGUACUGGAGAGACUACCGCUCCCUGUGCGCUCUGAAGUACCUGAAGCUGGAGGAGUUCCUGGACAACCAGAGGCACCGAGUCCAGCUGGAACUGGAGCCGCAGGGGCUGCUGCUGGCUGAGGUGAUCUUCUUCAACCCGGUGAUCGAGAGAGGCCGGAGGCUCCAGAGGCAGAAGAAGGUCUUCUCCAAGCAGCACGGUAAAGCCUUCCUGCGCGCUCGCCAGAUGAACGUGGACAUCGCCACCUGGGUCCGCCUCCUGAGGAACGCCAUCCCCAGUGGGAGCAACACGCCUGCCUACACUCCCAGUUUCACGGGCAGCACGCUCACACAGGGCACUGGAGAGAUCUCCAUGGAGAAGCUGAACCUGGCCAGCGACUCUUCACCCAGAGCUGAAAUCCAGAGAGACGCAGUGGACGCCGCUCCCUCGGAACAGACGCCGGCGGCCGUUGAGCCCCCGUCCACGCCGGGUGUCCCAGUUCACGAGCCGGCGACCAGAUCGCUGUCCCACAACUCUUUGAGCAGACGCAGCAGAGGGCCUCUGGGCCUCCAGGACUUCAAGCUGGUCGCGGUGCUCGGCCGGGGCCAUUUUGGGAAGGUGUUGCUGUCGGAGUACAAACGGGCCGGCAGCCUGUACGCCAUCAAAGCCCUGAAGAAGGGCGACAUCUUGGCGAGGGACGAAGUGGAAAGCCUGAUGUGCGAGAAGCGGAUCUUUGAGACGGUCACCGGCUCGCGCCACCCCUUCCUGGUCAACCUGUUCGCCUGCUUCCAGACGCCGGAGCACGUGUGCUUCGUCAUGGAGUACACAGCGGGAGGCGACCUCAUGAUGCACAUUCACGCCGACGUCUUCGCUGAGCCCCGCGCUGUGUUCUACUCUGCUUGUGUGGUCUUGGGUCUGCAGUUCCUUCACGACCAUAAGAUUGUGUAUCGGGAUCUAAAAUUGGACAACCUGCUGCUGGAUAUGCAGGGUUAUGUGAAGAUAGCCGACUUUGGUCUCUGUAAAGAAGGCAUGGGAUUUGGGGACAGGACCAGCACGUUCUGUGGGACUCCUGAGUUUCUGGCCCCGGAGGUGCUGACGGACACGUCGUACACCAGAGCCGUGGACUGGUGGGGGCUCGGGGUGCUCGUCUACGAGAUGAUGGUCGGCGAGUCUCCGUUCCCGGGCGACGAUGAGGAGGAGGUCUUCGACAGCAUAGUGAACGACGAAGUGCGCUACCCUCGCUUCCUCUCCACCGAGGCCAUCGGCGUCAUGAGACGGUUGCUCAGGAGGAAUCCAGAGCGCCGUCUGGGCUCUGGAGAGAAGGACGCCGAAGAUGUGAAGAAGCAACCAUUCUUCAGGGGUAUCGACUGGGAGGGUCUCCUCCAGCGGAAGCUCCUGCCCCCGUUCGUCCCGACCAUCGGAGGGAAAGAGGACGUCAGCAACUUCGACGUGGAGUUCACGGCCGAGGCUCCGGCCCUCACGCCGCCCCGCGAGCGCCGCACGCUCUCCCCCGCCGAACAGGACCAAUUCAAGGAUUUUGACUUUGUCUCCGACCUCUGCUAGGGUCAGGGGUCGCAUGGGGGUCGUUGGCUGCCCGCCCCCUCCCCCCCCCACCGCGGCCAGCCGCAGACUCUGAGAGGAGACUCACUCACACAAAGAGAGAGAGAGAGGAACUUGAACGUGACGAGAGGCUCAUCCCCUCUUCCUCUCCGCCCGUCUCUAUGCGAUGGGACAGAGAACCGGCUGUGACCGGUCCAUCGGCGGAGGCGGAUCCCGCACACUGGCAGGGUCACGGAUCUGUUGACCUCUAGAGGCCCGCAGCAGAUUCGUGACACGGCAAGGCUUUUAGAGAACGGAAGGAGGUGGUGAUGAAGAUACUCCGGAUGAUGUAACAGAUGGAAGAUGAGAUGAUGUCAUUCCGCCGUCUGUCCGGCGCGAUGAGGCUCAGCGACAAGAGUCAAGAGUGAUUAUUCUGACAGGAAGCAGUUUGUCUCUUUUCUCCGGCUAUCGCUACUGCCUCUUGACCUCUGCCUCUUGACCUCUGCCUCUUGACCUCUGCCUCUUGAACUCUUGACCCUUGACCUGUGUCCCUUGUCCCUCUGCUGUUUGUUGCUGCUAAGUGUGUGUUUGGUUGUGUUCGGUGUCUUUGAACAUAUCCACCGCGUCAGCUGUCAAUCGUGCACCGCCUGUGCGUUACCACACGGGGGAGCCAGAGGGGUGUGUGUCCGGACUCCUCUUCGUCAUCUUCUCGUUCUACUCUUGUUCGGCACAAAACAGAUUUUUUAAAACUACAAUCAUUUCUCAAUGACAACAAAAAAAAGAAGCCUUUACAGAUUUCUGUUCUUUUUGUGAUUUCUGUUGUCCCAUCUUGUGUUUCCUCCUCUGUCAUUUGCUGGUGAAAAAUGUUGAAACUGUGACUCAGUAAAGAUGUGAACCCAACACAGAAGCAUC